AUGACAUCCCCUCCAAGGCUACCGUGCACGCCGGUGGAGCUCUCACGUUCCUUGGGGACAUUGACUGCGGCAAGACGUCGAAGAGAUGGACAAACGCGGUGUGGGGUGGCUUGA